GAUUUGUUGUGUGUGUGUUGUUAUAGGGGAAACAGUUCAUUAGACACAGGGAAUGGAGGCGGUCCCCAAGCAACGGCAAAUCACAAGUACAAGUCAGGCACAUUGUGUUUGGGUGCUGUUGCUAGGCAACAAACUCUCUAAUGCCCCGGCUGUUUAAUCUUAUGUUUGUGCCAGUGAGAACAAGUCUCACUGAAUUUUAGGCAGUUAAAAUGAGUAACCAAGAGCUGGUUAAUGUGAAUGUAGGAGGCAUGAAAUUCAGCACUUUGCCAGCAACUCUACGUCGCUUUCCUGACUCCAGACUGGCGCGCAUGUUGGAUAACAGCGACCGGGAAAUUAGGUUUUUAAAUGGGCACUUUUUCAUAGACAGAGAUGGCAGUUUGUUCAGUUACAUACUGGACUAUGUGAGGACAUCGCAGCUGUCUCUGCCUUCUGACUUCUCUGAAUAUGAGAGGCUACAGCGGGAGGCAGAGUUUUACCAGCUCUUUAGCCUGGCCGAUCUGCUGAGCCAGGACGCUUUAUAUCGGCCGAGGAUUGAGAUCCUGGAGGUGCGCUUCCUUCUGCAAGAAACACACGCCUUCUUCCGCCUCUUCUGCUCCAGCAGCAGCACCAUUGAAAUGAUGGCUGACCGCAUAUUAAUGUUUGCUGAUCAACCAAUGGGAAGCCAGGGAUGGAGCUUCCCCUUCUCUGCACAGAAACCCCUCGCUCCUGUUCCAUUGCAAAGACCCUCACAUCAUGAUGUUGUGUUUCAGUGUGGGACAGACUACACCAAUGGGGAACAUGUUGGAGCCAGGUAUGUGUCUAUAAAGCCUGAUCAAAGGAAACUGAUAAAUGGAACCAAUGUGCUGGGACUCCUGCUUGAUAUUUUACUAAAAGAAGGCUUCUGUUUGAUAAGCACCAGGUCUGUGUCAACUGAAGAAAAGGUAGAAUGCUACACGUUUGAGAGGAAAAAGAAACCAGAGGUCCUCACUAUUCAUGAGAAUUCCAGACAAGAAAAUGAUGAAACUGUCCAAGUGAAACAAGCAAAGUCAAAUAAAAAGAGAUGAAGGCAGGACGGCCUAUGACAAGGAAAACAAACAUUUCACACAUAUAGGGGCAGAUUUAUCAGAGGGUGUAAACAGGGAAAUCAAAACUCACCUACUAUUAUACCCCCUCCCCCUAAAUUGUUAUACAAGUGAAUUUCAUUGUUUAACUCUUAGAGUGCCAAUGCAUUUCACACCUAUAAAAAUGUUACCUUUUGUGUGUGUGUGUCUCUCAGGAUGAUCAGUAGAACGGACAAACUGGGAAAGUCUUUCUACUGCAAUACUGGCAGUUUACUGAAAUCUGGGACAUUAAAAUCUUGCACUUGCAUCUUUACUCCUACAGUCACAAUUAAAGCUGCAAUUACACAUAUGGGGCAAAUAGGAAGCACAAAAUGUAAUUUUUGUGGCUAGUAAUUCAGCUCAUGUAAACAAAGCACAAUUUCUACAUUUGUGUGUGUUGUAUCUACUUGUAUGUGCCUGCAAUAUAAUGAACCCCCAUAUUCAACUAAUUAUAGGGGUUUAUUUUCAAUGUAAAGAAUCUCCUGCUUGAAUUGGUUUUGUUUUAUGCUGCAAUCAUAUUCAAUAAUUAGUGUUAUAGAUAAACUGUGACUCUCCCCAGUGAUACCAACGAGUUAGUAUGUACCUCCAGUAAGGAUUCAUUUUAUCUUCGUUUGGAUCAAGUACAAGAUACUGUUUUAUUAUUACAGAGAAAAAGGAAAUCAUUUAAAAAAAAUUAAUUUGGAUAAAAUGGACUCUAUGGGAGAGAACAAUUCAGAGCUUUCUGGAUAAUGGGUUUUCAGAUAAAAGAUCCCAUGCCUGUAUCAGAACAGCAAACAUUUAUAAUAAAAGUAAAUUCCAGGUUUAUUUCAAUGUUCACAAGAUGAUCCUUUGGGUUAACAGUACUAAUCAGACAUUACUAUGAAAUCCACUAUACAAAGAUUAUAUGACAGCUUCUCUCUUGUAAUUAUCAGGAAAAGAUAAAAACAGUCACACAGAAAUUUGGAGCAUAAAACACUUUUUAUAUCUAUAUAGGAUCACGUACUGUUCCCCUUCUAAAUCCUUUACUUUGCAGUUUAAUAAAGCAAUAAGAACCCCCUCCCCCCAGUAAAUAAAACACUUUACCUUUAUAUAGAGCACUAACCUGGUAAAUGGUACAUAGUUUUGGCAGUUGACAACAAUAUUAGCUUUCCCUAGUUUGGAAAAUACCACCUCAUCUAAAACAAAGCUCCCUGUACUUCAGUGUACUACUUCUGUAUCAUAUGAUGGUCAGGCCAAGGGAUGGGCUAAUCACCCAUAGAAUAACCCCUUGGAUGCCUCUACUUAAAGAGGGGGGAGCACUAACUAGUUGUAAUACUGAGAUAUGUAAACUACUACAUUGUAAUUUUUUUUAUAAUGAACAGAUGAUAGUUUAGGGCAGAGACACGUGUGGAGAUAUUGCCUCUUCUGCGGGCGACUAAU